CAUACAUAUUGUAAGUGAAACAUUAAAGUCUUCGCUUUAAUGUCAGCUGCGAUUAUUGUGGCCGCUGUCGUCGGCGGUGGAAUACUGCUAAUUGUUCGCAGAAUGUUCCCCCGGAAGAAAGCGGUCGAGUUGCUCCGGUACCCGGCCGAUAUGAUGCGGGGAAAGACGGUCAUUGUGACCGGGGCGAACAGCGGCAUAGGGAAGGCCGCGGCCGGGGAGCUGCUCAAACUCCAGGCCCGGGUGAUCAUGGCCUGUCGGGACCGGCAGAUGGCUGAGGAAGCAGCGCAGGACAUCAAGAAGCAAGCGGGACCAGAGCACGGAGAGGUGGUGAUCAAACACCUGGACCUCGCCUCGCUUCAGUCUGUGCGGAGCUUUUGCGAGGAGAUCCUGAAGGAAGAACAACAGGUCGACGUGCUCAUCAACAACGCAGGAAUUUACCAGUGUCCCUACACGAAGACAGAGGAGGGUUUUGAGAUGCAGCUGGGGGUCAACCACCUGGGUCACUUCCUCCUCACCCACCUCCUGUUGGACCUCCUCAAGCGCUCCUCCCCCAGCCGCGUGGUGGUGGUCUCCUCCAAGCUCUACAAGUAUGGCACCAUCAACUUCGACGACCUCAACAGUGAGAGAAGCUACAACAAAGCCUUCUGCUACAGCCAGAGCAAGCUGGCUAAUCUGCUCUUCACCCACCAGCUGGCCCGGCGCCUGGAGGAGGAGGGCGUCACGGGGGUAACGGUCAACGCCCUCACCCCAGGCAUCGUGAGGACCAGGUUGGGCAGGCACAUCCACAUCCCCUUCCUGGCCAAACCUCUCUUUUACCUGGCCUCGUUGUUCUUCUUCAAGAGCCCACUGGAGGGUGCUCAGACGCCACUCUACCUGGCGUGUUCACCCGACGUGGAGGGCGUGGCGGGGAAGUGCUUCGCUAACUGCGAGGAGGAGGAGCUGAUGCCCAAGGCGACGGACGAUCAUGUGGCCGAGAGACUGUGGGACCUGAGUGAGACCAUGGUGGGGAUAAAAACUCAAUAAGGGACCUGGGAUCCAGACUCUCUCAUAGAGACCAUAUGAGAGACUUGCCCUGGGAAUCAAGUGAAUUGGGAGAUGAUUGAUUGAGACUUCUUGUGGUUUCAUUGGAACUGGGGUCAGUGGGUAAAGUUUCCACUGUUUUUAAUUAACCUCGGUAUGUGGGUGCGUGCGUGUGUGUGUGGGUGGGUGUGUGUGUGUGCGUGCACGUAUAAUUGUGUGAUGUGCAAAUGAGGUGUGGAUGGAGUGCGAGUGUGAUUGGAGGUGUGCAUGCAGAGUGCUAAUACUGUGAGCAACGUGCCUGUGAAACUGACAACUGCAGUCUUCCAUGAAUGUGUAACUAAGUAUAUCCGUUCCCAUAGGAACCAGCUAUUCUAUCUUCUGUACUGUCUUCACCCGUGUUCACUGAAUCACAAGUUCACACAGUCAAAGUGGAGGGGAGCUAAUUCCCAGUAGCGAUUAUCAAAGGGGAGCUGGACUGUCAUAUUUGCUUUUACCGAGUGCUAACAUGAUUGGUUAUAGUGCUAUAGAAAUAUCCCCGGGGUGAUUUAAAAAGCCAACAGGUAUCUAGUUCAGCAGCUGUAAAUAAAUGCGAAGGCAGCUAAGCUCAUGCAUCCUGCAGCAUGCACUUGGCAGCGUUACCUAAUCCAGUUUUCCUCUCAUGAGGUGAUUGAAGUGUAAAUUCGUCGCCUUCUGCUGUGACAGGAUGGACGGGAACAAUAAAGUUGACAAUGAGAUUCAGAUUCAGACA